AGGCUUCAGUGUCCCUUCACCUUCGUCUCCCAAUUGAUUUCUCUCAUCACUCUCACUCUGUCAAAGUCCUAAACCAUUUCAUCGAACUCAACAAAUUUUCCAAAAUCUCUCUGCAUUUUUCAUCUCCAUGUUCAACCAAAACACCAUUUCAAUUCUCGCAGACUCUCUCAAACUCUUCAAUGAACCAAAAGCUUCUACACAUGGCGCAUAAACCACUAAACCAUUACUUAAACUGAUAAUCACUGUUUGUACUUCUUGAAUCUUCGCUUUUUCUUCAUCUGUAAUUUCGUGAAGCUCUUCUCCGAAGAGAUUUAUUUUUUCGCUGAAUCUGAAGCUCUUGAGAGUUAGGGUUUCGAAAUUCGUCGAUACAAAGCGAGUUUUCGCCAUUUUGGAGUUUCACAAAGCUCUGUGUAAGGUAGAAAUACUCCAGCUUAUUAAGUGUGAUAAGAUUAGAAACAAGCAUUUUAACCUUGGUGAAUUUGAUGACCGUAGCUGUAGCAGCAAGAUAUGAGAGAUUGAUGAAGAGAUGCAAUCAGCUUGCAUUCAUCUGAAAUGAAGGACGUCCAGGUUUCACAGAAUACACCUGAAAUACAAUCCUCAACCCAAGUUUCACAUGAGUCCCAAGGAGACCAACAGAACAAUGGAACAGAGGCUCCUUUAGCUGACUCGGGUUCGAUUUCCACUUCAAGCAAUGAUAAUAAGAAAGUUUCUCGUGAGGAUAUUGAACUUGUCCAGAAUUUGAUAGAACGGUGCUUACAGUUGUAUAUGAAUAGAGAUGAGGUGGUAAAAACCCUCUUGAAUCGUGCAAGAAUAGAUCCUGGAUUUUCAAAUUUGGUAUGGCAGAAGUUAGAAGAAGAAAAUGCUGACUUUUUCAGGGCAUAUUACAUAAGGCUAAAAUUGAAGAAACAAAUUAUAUUGUUCAAUCAUUUGCUUGAGCAUCAGUAUCAUCUAAUGAAGUACCCUAUACCUCCAAAGGUUCCUUUGGCUCCAAUACAGAAUGGUAUUCAUCCCAUGCCAGUUAACAACUUGCCUAUGGGAUACCCUGUCCUACAGCAACCACCAGUUUCAGCUACUGGUCAACCUCAUCUCGAUUCAAUGGCAUGUGGAAUAUCUAGCUGUCAUGUGGUUAAUGGAGUGCCUGCACCAGGCAAUUUCCAUCCCAUCCGGAUGAAUUCUGGGAACGAUAUGGUGAUGGACAACAGUACACCUGCUGCCAUUCCACCAAGCAGUGCCAUGUCAUCUAUGUCUGAUAUGCCUGUGAGUCCUACUUCAGUGGCAUCUACUGGCCAUUUCCCCUUCACCGCAUCGGAUAUAUCGGGUAUGGGAGUAGAUACAUCAGCACUUGACACAGCAUUUACUUCUGAUGUGGCAAAUUCAGUAGGAUUGCAGCUUCCACCAGAUAAUGGGGUGGGGAAUUCCAGAGAUUCCCUUCGAUCAUUGGCUCAGAUACCUUGGAAUUUUAGCCUUUCAGACCUGACAGCAGACUUGUCAAACUUGGGAGAUCUAGGAGCCUUGGGAAAUUAUCCUGGUUCCCCAUUUUUGCCUUCUGAUUCAGAUAUUUUACUUGAUUCUCCAGAGCAAGAGGAUAUAGUAGAGGAAUUCUUUGUCGACUCGGUCCCUGGGCCACCAUGCUCUCUAUCCGAUGAAGAGAAGUCCUAGGUUAAGGUGAGGAUUAUUAUUCAUUUCUUUAACUUAUUUAGGAUAGAAUAAGUUUGUCGGUGCACAAUAAAAAGUGAAGAAACUGUAACAAUUAGGUAUGUUAGCUGGACAUUCGGAUAGUUAUUAAUUGCUUUGAAUUGGAUCUAUAUUUUCUUUCUGGUAUGAAGCAUUUCAUAUAAUUUUAGUUAAAAAAAUUCUCAUGAUACUAAUAUAUGGUAGGAUAUUGAACAU